UGAAAAACCCUAGGAAAAUCGAAUAUUUUCGGGCGCUAGGGGGGGCUAGGUCAAUGCGACCUAUGCGAACUAUGUCAGAACCUAUGCCAACACAGGAAAAUGGCGAAUCGUUUCAAGCCAUCCAUACCAGCGAAAGGAGAAACGAAGGAUGAGAUUACGACGAUCAAAUGUGCGCUGAAGACAAUCAUUCGCCCGAAAUUCCAGCAAGCAUUGAUGAGCAAAAUAAUGGACCUGAGUUUGCAAGCCACUUCAAUUUGCGUUUUGGGCUCAUUGCUGUUCUUGUUCGAGGUGCAAAAGGCAUACGAACAUAGCAAUUGAGAAUAAUGAUUUCGCAUUCUUUGGUGAAAGUGGAGAAAAAAAAGAUCAAACUCUGCUUUAACCAAGUGCUAUGGCAUAAGAAUCAGCCACCGAAACCGAAGUCGACGUACAAACCACGAGGAACAAAGCCACGAGGACCACGAGCAGAGCUACCACAUAUCGACCCUGAAUUCAAAGCAAUCGUCGAAGGUCUUGACGACUACCAUCGUAUCGAUUGGCCCAACAACAAAGAUUUCAGCAAUGGCCGCAAGCAUUUGGCCAAUCAAUACACAGACAACGUCGUCACCAAUUCAACAACGCAACCUAACAAACACAUCACCCAGUACUUGAAACUGAAAGUGUUUGAAUUGAACACAGACGGAGAAGGGCACGCAGAGAAAUUUUUGCCAAGUGACAUCGAAAGUGUUGUAAAACUGAUCAUCAAAGAAAAAAACAUCAAAGUGCCAAACAAACUCGAACGGUGUGGCGUGUUGUAUGACAUGGUGAACGACUUGAAUGUGUUUCCAGAAAUCGAUCUGCAUGACCUCACGACUGACGAAAAACAUUGGUUUAAGGCCAUGCCAAUGUUCCUAUCUAUGCAACGCGAGAUAGAAGAGUACAACUUGGAGUGGCCACAUCAGCACCGAUCCAAACGAAAGAAAAGAAAGCGCAAAAAGUCAAAGAAGAAACGUGAGUGGUGCCCCAAGCGCAAACAAAUGCUCGACGAUCCAAACUUUCGGCCAUUCAUCCGGAUUUUCGCCGAAAGCACUUCAAAUUCGACUGUUCAGUGUUCAAGCAUGCACCGGGUGUUGUCUUCGCAAAAAUUGCUGCCGAAAGUAGAAAUCGAGAAUAAAAACGGUAAAACCAGAAUAAUAAAUAUUCCACAAAAGGAUUUCAACGAUGCGAGUGAUUUUUGGUGGGAUCGGUAUUUCGGUGACGUCGUGGCUGCUAAAAGAAUUAUGCUGCCGUUCCGUGAAAAUCUGGCCUCUGCUAUAACAUCAGCACUCGUACAACUACUUUGACAUUCACCCAUUAUUACUAGUUUCAAAAUUUUUUGUAAACUCCCUUUUUUUCGUCUAUUUGAAGUUGUUACACGCUUCGACUCGAGGUGAUUUCGCAAUGAAUUUAAGUUCUUUGAAGUAAUCAUAUCAAUCGCCGAUAAUAAUUUGAUUCGAAAAUGCAGAUGUGCAAAAACUGAGACAUAAACAAUAUAGUAGAUCGAACUUAAUCAAUUAAAUAAUCAAACAGUUGACCGGACUUAAUUGUUUUGUCUACGUCGAAUAAAUAAAUUUUGUUUAGUCGGACAUUCGAAUAUGAAAAUUGAAUUUUUGAAAAACCUCAGCAAAUCGGAAUAAUUUUUGCUCGAAAAUAAAAAUGGGAGUGGGUACUUUCAAAAUCACAGAGGGGGUAAAUUCGUUGCUCAGGGGGGUAUUUUGUACCCUGGACCCCCUGGUCAGAAUCUAUGAUGA